AACGAGUUUACAUUCUCCCAUUUAGCAAUUAAACACACACCUUCUUUCGGAUCGAUGUUGUUUAUAUUCGUUGUAUGACUGUGCGAUCGGAAUGACGGGGCUUGGCGAUGACGUAUCAUUGCCUGGACACGCUCCGUGACGUAAGCAUCACGGUCGCAGCCGCAGCUAUCAGCCCCUGUACACGUGAACGACACGAGAGUGAUCACGCGUUGACCGAGUGAUUAUUUCGAUCGGAUUGGUGCGCGCAGACGAGCCCCCAACUAUCAUUGGACGGUUCGUGGGAGAGAUGCGACCACAUACCCCAUGUGGUAGCAAUAACAUCAAGAGCGCCAGUUUACAAAGAUUUCAUUCUUCACUAAAUUUCGUGGCGAAAAGUCGUGCAAAAAUAAAAAGAGAAAAUGAACAGCCAGUCGACAAUUCAUCUGCUACUUUCACCACCCUCUACACCACCGCCUUCAGAUUCUGAAGAACCAAACAAAGACCUGGUCCUUCAAACGGAUGGCCUUAAGAAGAGACACUUAUCAGUUCCGGGAACCAUCACGCCCCAGACUUCAGAUUCAGAAUGCGACGAAUUGGAUUUUCCCCUGAAGAAACGGGUGUGCAGAUGGGAGAACGAGUCAACACCGAUACCAAUCCCAUCGGUGGCAAAUACUCCGCCCCCCGAGCAAACUCGCUCAUUUUCCGUAAUUAUGAAAGCGAACAAAGACGGAACGUGCUCACCAACUCCCCUGAGGGUCCUCACAGAGGAGCCCAACAUCCUCAAAAUGCUCAAAUUUAAAAUGUGUAACCGAAAAGAACAAGUGUUCAUAAACACCAAGGACAAAUGCAGGAAUAACGCCAUCUCUUGUAAUCCUCUUCCCUUAUCAAAUUGGACAGACGUGUCUCACAGUCAGAAAGUUCCGGUCAUCCCGUCAUCUCCAAAACCAGUUCAAAAGCCACCAGUCGUACCACUGCCUCCGUUAGCCCCGAAACUUCAUCUUUCGAGUCAACCUCCCCGGGCCGUUUUCGUGUCCGCUGACGGCGCCACGUUGAUACCGGCCCAGUUCGUUUUCGUCGCACCCCAACAGCCUGCCCCUGUACAAGCGGAACGGCGAAGGGUGUACGAAUGCCCUUACGAGGGCUGCGGCAAAAACUAUUUCAAAUCGUCACACCUGAAAGCUCACAAUCGUACGCAUACGGGCGAGAGGCCGUUUGUGUGUCAGUGGGAGCAGUGCGGAAGGCGAUUUUCACGUUCCGACGAACUUUCGAGACACAAAAGGACGCACACUGGCGAAAAAAAGUUCAAGUGUGAAGUUUGCCAGAGGAGGUUCAUGAGGUCGGAUCAUCUGGCCAAACACGUGAAACGGCACAUCAAAGAUAAAACCCAGCAGCAGCAACAGAUCGUUGCCGCGUCCGUUUCCGCGAAAAACGGAAUUACCAGCGCAUCGCUCAGGCCACUGCAGCCGGCAUUGCCGCAAACGGCCGCGUAAAACACUUGUAAAUAUUAUAAAAGGCUUCGUUACAUACUAACAAUAUAAUCUUAACGAAUCGAGGAGGGUCAAGUCAACACUCGAAACAUAUUAUUAUUGAAUUAGAGAAUAUGCUCACAACAUAAAUACGUAUGUGAACAUUGUAGAUCAUUCCAAAUUACCCUCUACUUGUCUGUGAUUUAUUUCUAGUGUAAUAAUCGUCGUAUUUAUUUUACAAUGUAGUACCUAACUCUUAUGCCGUUUUGUAUAAUGGCGCUUCUUGUACAAAUUUCAAUGUUUUUAUUUUUUAAUAUAAAAUUGAAAAGCUGAA